CUGCCCGGGAGGGCGGCGCGCCCAGCCGCGCAGGCGCCGUAGGCCGCACGCGCCGCCGCCGCGGCCUGUGGAAGAGCCGCGCUCCGCUCCCUCCGCCGCGGCCCCGCCAUGUACCCGGCCUGGGGCUUGUACGGGGCGGCGGGGCACUACCCGCCGCCGCCCACCUCCAUCCCGCCCCCGCCGCUGCCCAUCCCUCCCCCCAACGUGCCUCCGCCCGCCGUCCCGCCGAUGCCGCUGCCCAGCUACCCGCCGCCGGGCCCCGCGCCCCCCGCCGCCGCCGCCGCCCCGCCGCCGCCCGCCGGUACCUCGGGGUUCCUGAGCCUGCAGGAGCAGCACCUGGCGCAGCUGCAGCAGCUCCAGCAGAUGCACCAGAAGCAGCUGCAGUCCGUGCUGCUGGGGCCGCCGCCGCCGCCGGGGCCGCCCCCUCCGGGGCUGCCGCCGCCGCCGCUGCCCGGCUCCUUCGCCGACUGGCAGCAGCCGCCGCCGCCGGUGCCGCCGCCCGUCCGCAGCUACCAGAAGCAGUUCGCCCACCGCGACCCGACGACGACGACCACCCGCAAGCCGCCCGCCGCCGCCCGGGAGCGUGACGGCCAGGAGCCGCCGGGCGGGCAUGGCGACUGGGGCGAGCCGGUGCCGUCCUCGCCGGUGCCUAUGGACAUGGAGCUGUCCUCGCCGCCGCAGUCCCCGCAGCCCGCCGCCCAGGCCUACUUGCCCCCCGCCCAGGCCUACCUGCCGCCCCCCCAGGCGGAGCCGUACCUGCCCCCCGCCCAGCCGCCCCCGGCCCAGUCCCCGCCGCUCCAGCCCUACCUGCCCCGGGCGCAGGCCGCCCAGCCUCCCCCCUCCUUCUCCGAGCCGCCGCCCUCCUACCUGGAGCCCCCGCCGGCCACCGCCUCCCAGCCCUACCUGCCGCCUCCUGCCCAGGGCUACAUGGCGCACCCGCAGCCCUACCUGCUGCCCUCCCAGGCCUCCCCUUCCCAGCCAGCCCAGCCCGGCCUGGCCCCCGCCAUCCCUCCCCCUGCCAAGCCAUCGCAGGCCCAUUUCCCCCCGCCCCAGCCGGCCUUGCCCCUGCCCGCUGCUGCCCAGCCGGAGGCCACACCGAGUGCCACCAAGGAGGCCAGCGGCACCGAGCAGCCGGACCCCUCCACCAUGACUCCCCAGGAACAGCAGCAGUACUGGUACCAGCAGCACCUGCUUAGCCUUCAGCAAAGAGCAAAAGCCCAUGCUCAGGGCCAGCAGCAAAUUAAAGGGUCCGUAGUGAAGGAUGCAUCUGAGCAGAGAGCAAAGACUGAAGAAGGGAAAAUGAGUGCUUCAACUCAGCAGUCUGAACCACCUCCACUUAAUGAAUCCCUGCCUCCAGCUUCCAAAGACGAGGAGUCUUCUCUUGCAUCCACUGAAACUCAGCUCAAUAUUGAACCUCCUGAUGACCCUGAGGAAGAUUUGAGAUUGCAGCAAUUGCAAGCAGCAGCUGCUCAAUGGCAGCAGCAUCCCCAUCACCGGGUUGGAUUUCAGUAUCAGAGAAUAAUGCAGAAGCAUGCCCAGCUGCAGCAGAUAGUACAGCAGUAUCAACAGAUCAUGCAACAGCCUCCACACUUACAGACAAUGUCGGUGGACAUGCAGCUGCGACAUUAUGAGGCACAGCAAAAACAGUUCCAGCAGCUUCAUAAAGAUUAGAGAUCAAUGAACCAACAGUGGCAGCAUCAACUUCAAACCUACCCUCACAAAGACCAGCUUCAAGAGUAUGAGAAACAGUGGAAAGCAUGGGAUGAACAGAUGAAGGUCACUCAGUCCCAUCUGCAGGAGAAAGUGACCUCACUCCAAAAUCUGAAGAAUCAGUAUCCUGCAAAUGUUUCGCUGCCACCGCCAUUUGUUCCAUAUUCUCAAACCACUCAAGGUGGCAUUCCUCUCAUGCCUCCAACUUUACCUUCAACUACGCCUCCGCUGGUCCCCCCACCUCUCUCUUCUGUUUCUCAGUUAUCUAAUUCCUCUGUUCCUUCAGGAUCCAGUUCCCAAAGCAGUCAAUCUACUGAGACACCAAGGCCAGCUCUGCUUCCCACCCCUGGUACCUAUGCAUCAAAAAUAGCUAGUUCAACUGUCUAUUCACCGUAUCAUUCUCAAGUAAGUUCAUCCUUUGGCUCUUCAGACCACGGAAAGUCUCAAGUUCAUCUUAGUAAACAAACUGUCUCUAUUUCGUCUGAGCAAGGAUGUGGGGAACUGAAAGCCACUUCUGCAGUGUCUUCAACACAUGCACCUAACAUGCCAGAUAAACCAGUAAGGUCGGGUGGAUUGCUUCCAGAUCCUCCCAGAUCAGCACGUUUUGAAGGCCCCAGAGGCCCUAGAUUUGAUGGACCUCGAGGAAGAGGAUAUGACAAAUUUGAAGGCUCAAGACAGAGAGGACCUCGUUUUGACUCCCAGCGCUCAGAAGGAUACAGGUCACGUUUUGACCGACAGAAUACAGAUGGACAGUCUUCAAGUAGAUGGGGGACUAUUCCACGAGGACCAGCAUCACAAUUUUAUACUUCGACAAAUACAUCACACGGACAUGGUUCCCGACCUAGUGGUCCUCGGUGGAGGGGGCCCAGGCCUCAUUUGGGACAGCAGCAGCAGUCACAGACAGACUCACAGUCAGAAAAUAAAGAACCUUUUACAGACGUAGCUGGCAAUCAGCAGACUGUAAGUAGAACACAGUCGACUCCUGAUGCACAGAGUGCGGGUCCCAUUGAGCCAAAUGAGGACAUGGCAAACACUCAACAGGAACCAUCCAAACCUGAAGUCAAAGAAACUAUUUCAGACCCUCCUAAAAAGUGGACAUGGAGUUCACAUGAUCCUAACCAGCAAGUAGAGGAGUCCAAAGCAUCUACUCCCCCCAUUCAGAACCAGAAAUCAACAACCCUUUCUAGUAACCCUGUAGCUUUGCAGUCAGGUAUUGCAAGAGCAGGAGGUGCAGUAACCCCUGUAACCGGAAAUCAGGAUUUAGAUUCCCCAGAUGGCCAGUUGAUCGCUUCAGAUAGCACUCAGGGCCUACCUGGAUCAGAAGGCAGAGGGAAAGGGCCAUUUAUGCAUGAAGAUAGAGGCAAGGGGCCGGUAGGCAGAGGAAGGGGCCAGGGCAGACUGGAUGAUGGCCGUGGCAGAGGGCAGGGGGAUGGCCGUGGCUGGGGAAUGGGCCGUGGCCGGGGAAUGGGAAGGAUGGACGGUGGUCGAGGGAUGGGAAGGAUGGAUGGUGGCCGGGGGAUGGGAAGGAUGGAUGGUGGUUGGGGAAUGGGCAGGAUGGACGAUGGCCAUGGCCGGGGAAUGGGCAGGAUGGACGAAGGCCGUGGCAGAGGAUAUGUAUACCGAGGCAGAGGGCAGGCUAGGCAGGCAUCCAUCCGCGGCAGGGGGAUGUUCAGGAGGGCAGGCAGCAGGGAGAGGAUGACAGAUAGGCGGUCAGGCAGCAGGGAGAGGAUGCCAGAUGGACGAUCUGGCAGCCGAGAGAGGGGACUGGGUGGGCGGUCAGAUAGCCAUGAGAGGGUAUUCUCUAGCCGAGACAGAGAGCUAGGUGGGCGGACAGGCAGCCGGGACAGGGGACGGGCAGGUAGCCGGGAGAGAGGCCCGAUCAGGCGGGCGGGUAGCCGGGAGAGGGAGCCCAUGCGGCAGGCGGGUAGCCGGGAGAGGGAGCCCAUGCGGCGGGCAGGUAGCCGGGAGAGGGGCCCGGUCAGGCGGGCAGGUAGCCGGGAGAGGGGCCCGGUCAGGCGGGCAGGUAGCCGGGAGAGGGGCCCGGUCAGGCGGGCAGGUAGCCGGGAGAGGGGUCCCAUCAGGAGGCCAGGUAGCCGUGAGGGGGAAGCAGGAAGAUCUGAAACGGGUAGUAUAGAUAAACCCAUUCACCUAGGAGAUGACCCUGACAAAUUGCCUCCAUACCAUCGAGAUGACACUCAGGGUUCUUGGGGUCAUGAAGAUGACAGAAUGCAGGAGGAAUUUCCUUUAGAUAGUCAAGAUGACCCUUCGUUGGAGCAUGAGCGAUUGGAUGACUGGGAGAGGGAACGAUACUGGAGAGAUCACAACUCUGAUUAUCAGGAUGAUUCUGUAGAUGCGUAUGACAGAGAUGACAGGUUGCAACCUCACCAUUCAUUGCCUCCAUUAUCUCCCCUACCACCGUUACCUCCUUUAUCAUCUGAUCAUGACAGACGAGAUUCAUGGUGGGAUGACUGGAAAAGACCAAGAGAGAGGGAACUAGAAAGAGAUUUAGAUAGGACUGGAAGAUCAUCAGAUAUUUAUGAUCAAGAUUUAGACAGAGAAUGGGAUAGAGACUGGGACAUGAGACCUAUGGAUGACAGAGAAAUGGGGAAUCGUGACCUGGAUAUUCCCCCUCUACCACCAUUACCACCUCUUCCACCUCUGGACAGAUACCGUGAAGAUAGGUGGAGGGAGGAUAGGAACAGAGAUCAUUAUGACAGAGACCUGAGAGACAGAGGGGAGUUGAGGAUUCGAGAGUAUCCAGAGAGAUAUGACACAUGGCGGGAGAAGCAAGACUACCUUCCUGAAAGGACUGAUUGGGAGAGGGAACGGUUAUCGGAUAGAUGGUAUCCAGAUGAUGGAGACAGACUGCGGUCUUUGGAUGAUCAUUCAGAUUCAUCCCUUCCUCCACCUUCACAUUCCUCUGAUAUGCUGGGAGCAGAUUCAAACCUGGACUCUGACCAGUCCUUGGGAGGAGUGAUGGUCCUUAGCCAAAGACAGCAUGAGAUAAUUCUGAAGGCUGCUCAGGAGCUCAAAAUGCUUCGAGAGCAAAAAGAACAGCUACAGAAGUUGAAAGAGUUUAAACCUGACAUUUCCACGCAGGACUCUCCAAGAUCACAGAACACAAGCACAAGGCCAGGUGCCUUUCAGGUCUCUUCUCAGCUAUCUUCAGAGGCACCAGUAGAAGCCCAGGCUAUUAAACCUUCUCCUGCUGUUAUUAUAAAGCCUCCCGUGUUGUUCAGACAGCCCACCCCUGUGACAAGACCAAGUGCCCCACUGACAAGGCCUGCUACACCUAUGACAAGGCCACAUGCUCCAGUUUCUACUCCAACUACAACCCCAAGUCAUGGUCAGUCUUUAAAACCAUCACCUUCUACUGUGGAACAGGAACGCUGGGAUGAGGAUUCUUUCCACGGACUCUGGGACACAAAUGAGGAUAAAGGAGCAAAUAUGGAGUACGAGUUGUGUAAACAGGAGUCAAUGAUGCCUCCACCUGUCUCUUCACCUGUGAAAGUACCUGCUGUUCACACCUCUGUUCCAUCAGCUGUACCAGUGUCCCUUCCUCCAGUUAUUCCACCGGUUCCUAAAGCACCUGUGAUUCAGCAAACUGUGGAUUAUGGCCAUGGGCGAGAUAUAACCACCAGUAAAGUGGAACAGAUUCCAUAUGGGGAGAGGGUAACCCUGCGUCCAGACCCUCUACCAGAGAGACAAACAUUUCAAAAAGAACACCCUGGUCGUUACAACAGAGAAAGAGAUCGUGAGCCUUAUUUUGAGCGUCAAGGUAAUUCCAACACAGAUCAUCGGGAUUUCAAGAGAGAGCGGGAAUUACACAGAGACCGUGGUUCUCUGGACUAUGAACGAGAGAGAUUUGAGAAAGAGCGGCAUCCCCGAGACGAUAGGGUUCUUCCUACUACACCUUCGAGGACUCAGUCUUACCGUGACAAGAAAGACCAUCCCUCCUCCAGGCGAGGUGGUUUUGAAAGACCACCAUAUGAACGAAAGACAGAUCGUCCAGCAUAUGAUCAUGGGCCUUCCAUGUUUGGAGGUGAUCGUAGAAAUUACCCUGAGGAAAGGAUUCCUAUUUCUGCUCCAUCAAUGCCCCGUCAGCCACCACCUGCUCCACGAGUGGAAAGAAAGCCAGAAUCUAAAAAUGUAGAUGAUAUUUUGAAGCCACCAGGACGGGAUAGCAGGCCAGAGAGGAUUGUAAUCAUAAUGAGAGGAUUGCCUGGCAGUGGAAAGACACACGUGGCAAAGCUCAUCAGGGAUAAGGAAGUAGAGUGUGGAGGACCUGCACCAAGGGUGCUCAGCCUGGAUGACUAUUUUAUCACUGAAGUGGAAAAAGAAGAGAGAGACCCAGAUACAGGGAAAAAAGUGAAAAAGAAGGUGAUGGAGUAUGAAUAUGAAGCUGAUAUGGAAGAGACCUAUCGUACCAGCAUGUUUAAAACUUUCAAGAAGACCUUGGAUGAUGGUUUCUUCCCCUUCAUUAUCCUUGAUGCUAUCAAUGAUAGAGUGCGACAUUUUGAACAGUUUUGGAGCGCUGCAAAAACCAAGGGUUUUGAGGUAUACUUAGCUGAAAUGAGUGCAGAUAACCAGACAUGUUCCAAGAGGAAUAUUCAUGGACGCAAGCUAAAGGAAAUCAGCAGGAUGUCUGAUCACUGGGAGGCAGCACCACGUCACAUGAUGCGCCUGGACAUUCGUUCUCUGUUGCAGGAUGCUGCUAUCGAAGAGGUGGAAAUGGAGGAUUUUGAUGCAAAUAUUGAAGACCAGAAAGAAGAAGUCAAGAAGGAUACAGCAGAGGAGGAAGAAAGUGAACUGGGUUACAUUCCGAAAAGCAAAUGGGAGAUGGACACUUCUGAGGCAAAGCUAGACAAGCUGGAUGGUUUGCGGACUGGCACUAAAAGGAAACGUGACUGGGAAGCAAUUGCCAGCAGAAUGGAAGAUUAUCUACAGCUUCCAGAUGACUAUGAUACACGUGCUUCUGAACCUGGAAAGAAAAGGGUUCGGUGGGCAGAUCUAGAAGAAAAGAAAGAUGCAGACAGGAAAAGGGCCAUUGGCUUUGUUGUUGGACAAACAGAUUGGGAGAAGAUAACAGAUGAAAGUGGUCAUCUUGCCGAGAGAGCCCUCAACCGCACCAAGUAUAUUUGAAAAAGUGGUUAAAUAGAAUUUUGUGCCUUUAAGGCCGUUUGCUCUGAGGAGAAGUGAACCAAGGUGUCAUGAGCAUCUUGCAUGGGUCAUGUCACUCCCAGCUUCACAGUUUUUCUUUGUUACUUCAGUUUCAGUAAUUUUCUUGAGAUUUUGGCAGAUAACCAGUGCCCUCAAAAAAACAUGACGAAUCCCACUGCUCCUAAGUGAGAGAGACAGUUUACUUUUUAAUAUUUUUGGAGGGGAGGGAGGGGGAGGGCCAGUAGUUUUAGCUGCUGUUUGUGGGAUAAAGUGGAAGGACUAGACAGUCAUUACCUCCACUGUACUGUCACAGAAUGUUUAUCACCUUUGCUUUGUGGCUGUUCUCGUUUUAUACUGUAUGUACCUUGUAGCUUAUUGUAUUAGGAAGCAGAACAAUAAAUUUCACUAUAAACUCA